UACAAACGCGAAUACUGUAACGAACGGAUUUCAACUUUGCACCGGAAGUGGUCGUGGUCGAAUGGUUAGACCUGCAAGUGGACUGUCGCUCGCCGAAUCGUGCCCUAACUGAUCAAUGAAGCCUUUGGUCUGCGAUGGCCGUCGUGUCAUGGAAGGAAAUCUUGCUUUUGACUGGACUGGUGGUGGGAUGUUACUGGAAUAGCCUGUCAUGUGGCUUUGUCUUUGAUGAUGUCUCGGCAAUACUGGAUAAUAAGGACCUGCGCCCCUCAACCCCAUUGCGCAACCUGUUUCACAAUGACUUCUGGGGGACUCCCAUGGCUGAGGAGCGGAGCCAUAAAUCUUAUCGACCUCUGACAGUACUCACCUUCCGGCUGAACUACCUUUUCAGUGAGCUCAGUGCUUCUUCCUACCACCUGCUGAAUGUGGUGCUACAUGCCGUUGUGUGUGUGCUCUUCCUGCGGGUGUGCCGCUUGUUUCUGGAUAAGACUUCCAGUUUAGUGGCGGCUCUGCUGUUUGCUGUGCACCCCAUCCACACUGAAGCUGUUACCGGUGUGGUUGGCAGAGCUGAGCUGCUCUCCUCAAUCUUCCUUCUGGCUGCGUUUCUGGCCUACACUAGAUCUACAGGUGCAGACCAUUCCAUUGUUUGGACCCCCAUUGCUAUAACUGUGGUUCUGGUGGCUGCAGCAACAUUAUGCAAGGAGCAGGGAAUCACUGUUGUCGGCAUCUGCUGUGUCCAUGAAGUGUUUGUUGCACAAGGGUUCACCCUGCCUAUGUUGUUGGACACACUUCUCCAAAUACUUCGAGGUAAAGACGGUUUCCCCUACGCUGUCCUGCAAACGCUACUCAAGCUCAUUGUUCUCAUCAUCAGCACCCUGCUACUGGUCAUUGUCAGGGUCCAAGUCAUCCAGUCCCAGCUUCCAGUCUUCACCAGAUUUGAUAACCCGGCAGCAGUCAGCUCCAGUCCCACCAGACAAUUGACAUUCAACUACCUGCUCCCUGUGAAUGCAUGGCUUCUCCUAAAUCCCUCAGAGCUCUGCUGUGACUGGACAAUGGGCACCAUCCCCUUGGUAGAAUCACCUCUAGACCUCCGUAACCUGGCCACCCUGACUUUCUACACCUUGCUGGGUCUACUGGCUCACCACAGCCUUCGUUACAAAAACAUCUCUGCCAAGACUGUUAUCAUGGCUCUUUCUUUGAUUGUGCUUCCCUUUAUUCCUGCAUCCAACCUCUUCUUCCCCGUGGGUUUUGUCGUGGCAGAGAGGGUGCUUUAUGUACCCAGUAUGGGCUUCUGUGUGCUCGUGGCACAUGGUUUCCGAAUUGUCUCGAGUAAAGGACAUUUAAAAAAGAUUUCCUGGAUAAUUAUUGGAGUGCUACUUACCACACAUGCAGUGAAAACCUUCAACAGAAAUUGGGAUUGGGAGUCUGAGUACACACUAUUUACUUCUGCCCUAAAGGUCAACAAGAAUAAUGCCAAGCUGUGGAAUAACGUUGGGCAUGCACUAGAGAACCAAAAUAAUUAUGAAAAAGCCUUGCAGUAUUUCCUUCAGGCUACCCGAGUCCAGCCAGAUGAUAUUGGUGCCCAUAUGAACGUGGGAAGAACCUAUAAGAACCUGAACAGGUCAAAAGAGGCUGAAGAUGCUUACUUGGUUGCCAAAUCCCUCAUGCCACAGAUAAUACCUGGCAAGAAGUAUGCCACACGUGUGGCCCCUAACCACCUGAACGUGUACAUAAACCUGGCUAAUCUGAUCCGUUCCAAUGACUCCCGGCUGGAGGAGGCUGACCAGCUCUACCGGCAAGCAAUCAGCAUGAGACCAGAUUUCAAGCAGGCCUACAUCAGCAGAGGGGAGCUCCUAUUGAAGAUGAACAAGCCCACAGAGGCCCGGGAGGCCUACCUAAGAGCACUGGAGCUGGACCGCACCAAUGCUGACCUGUGGUACAACCUGGCCAUUGUCAACAUUGAGAUGAAAGAGCCCUCAGAGGCCCUAAAGAACUUCAACCAAGCCCUGGAGCUUAACCCACGCCACAAGCUGGCACUCUUUAACUCAGCCCUUCUGAUGCAAGAAUCUGGUGAACCCAUGUUCCACCCUGAGGCUAACCGUCGUUUCCUGAUCUAUGUGGAGGAGGAGCCAGAUGAUGCUAAUGGCUACUUCAACCUCGGCAUGCUGGCCAUGGAUGCCAACGAGAACGCCGCAGCUGAGCGGUGGAUGCGGAGGGCUAUUGGUUUGCAGCCCGGCUUCCGUAGCGCCCUUUUCAAUCUGGCGUUGCUCUAUUCGCAGUCUAAGCGUGAAAUGGACGCACUGCCUGUGCUAGACGAGUUACUUCGCUACCACCCAGAGCAUGUCAAGGGCCUGAUCUUGAAAGGAGACAUCCUAAUGAACCAUAAGAAGGACACACGUGGUGCAAAGGCAUGCUUUGAGCACAUCUUGCGCAUGGAUCCCACCAAUGUGCAAGGCAAGCACAACUUGUGCGUGGUUUAUUUUGAGGAGCGUGACUUGCCACGUGCUGAACGUUGCCUGGAGGAAACCUUGGCUCUGGCGCCAAACGAGGAGUAUGUACGUCGUCACUUGAUUAUCGUACGUAAUAAGAUGGCUGCCAUGAGUGCGGCAGGGCAGCCACUAAGCUCAGUAGAGGGUGCCACCACCUCAGCUAAGGAAGAGAAGGAGAAGAAUCUAAAUAAGGGGGUGGGGGAGGUUGUUGAAGGUGGGCAGGAAGGGAGGGGUACCACUGCUUUUGGAAAGGGGGCUGGGGCUGAGAAGAAUGUACGGAAAUCCUCUGCAGAAAGCCUCGGGGAUGAGGACCAAUCAAGGCGGCUGGACAGAGGCCAGGCUGACAAGCGGACUAAGAGUAAGUCCAAUAAAGAGAUUAAAGAUAUUGAGAGGAAAAGGGAGGCUGCCUUGAAGAGACUAGAGGAGAUUGAGCGUAUAUUAAGUGGAGAUUGACACUGAUUUGAUUUUUAGCAAGACUUUGUAGGGCUCUUUAAUGCUUCAAGAUCAGACUGCAACACUCUCCUCCCUCCAAUAGCAAUGUGUUUUCUUUAAUCGUUGCCUUUUUGUUGUGUUUGCGGGAUAUUUUGCUUGGUCCUGUUCUUUUAGCACCAAUCAUGAAAACAAGGGAGAUCAUGUAAUACAUAUGGCAUGUAUAACAAUUAGGGUGAAAAAUGGGAUGAAGCUCUUUAAAACUUAAUGUUACCACAGAUUCGUAUUAGAUGCCAAGGUGUGUACUUCAUCUGAAUUUCAUCUUGCACAACAUAUAUUUGUGGAUCUUGUUUCACCAUGUGUUGUCAUUGUUAAUCACUGGAUUCUUUUCUCUAAGAUGUGAGUCACUCCUAUGCAUUUUUUUUUUUGUAAAUGAAACGAUUGUAUCACAGACAAUUAAAGGAAAUGACUUGUUCCCUGGCUUCCCUCAAGACAGGAUGGUAUCUGAAAGAGUAUACACCUCAAAAUAACUUGUGCUCCAUGAAUAGCAAAAUAACAGUAUAUCUACACCACACACGAGCAAAGCUUAGGUGGCAUUCUGCUGUUUUGUCUUUAUUGAUCUCACUCUGGAUUUCUUGUACUACGUCAUCAGCUGUGGGACUUACAGCUAACUCCCUUCAUGUCUAAAUUUGAUUGUAAUCUCAUCUGAAGACCAUUAUCGCUCUCAAUUUGUCACAGGAACAUUUUCACACACAUGCCCACCCUUCAGUGUUAUUUCACCACAACCCCCCUCUUUGGUUUUACGCUUAGAAAAAAUAAGAAAAGAAAAUGCACAUGGGUUGGAUUGUGGUAAUAGCAGUAUUGUGUGACGUUUGGUGACUUGUUCAACCUCAGCCUCAGGUCUUGUGUGCUCCUCAUUUGCAGAAACCCAUUCCUCUUGAAAGUGGCAAUUUUAGAGCAUACUUGAACAAAAACAGUCUCAUUCUUUUGUGGUACUGCAGUAUGGUGACCUUUGCCUCACUGUUUCAUGCAGGUUGAAAUACAGUACAUUAAGAUAUUUGCAGUGGUUUUACACAGUUGUAUAUGUCUAAAUUUUUAACACCUGCAUUCAACAUUUCAGCUGUGAAACCAUCUGACUGUAUUUCUUAGCCUUGUACAGUCUAACGAGCUGCAAUUGGGGCAUUUGAAAAGAUGGCUUUUUGGGGGGGGGGGUUCUUGGAGAAGCUCUAUGAUACUUGCAAAUAACAGAUCAGUUCAUCAGAAAGACAUUUUCUAUUACAAUUCAAGUGACACUAUCUUAAAGUAAGCUAAUGGCUGUUAACAUCCUUUGUUUGUUCUGUUUUUCUCCAUGAGGCAGGUCUGCACGGUUCAAUUCGUCAUGGUCAUUAGCAAAUUAAGAGCGAAAAUUUAAUUUGGUUUUACUUCAGUUUAAGUUUUUAUUGAAUACCUGCUCAGCUCUGAUGGUCAACUCCAAUAUUUUCUCUUACAAAAGAAUAAUUGGCCACUGUGCUGUGACUACAUCAAAUAAUUUACAUUGGACAAAAAUAAUUGUUGUAGUGUAAGACAGUAUACUAUGUGGGAUGGCAUAUGAUAGCUAUGAGGCUCAGACUUAGUUUUAGCAUCACUAUGUAUUGUCCUUAUUGAGUUCUGAAAAUGUUUUGGUUGGUUAUAUGUACAGAUGCUUCUGUUUUUUCAAUAUUAUUUAUUAUUUUAUAUGCACUGCAAACAAAUAUUUUGUUUGUUUAAACUUACGGUACAUUGUUUUACUUCUACUAAUUUCACUACAUGUCAGAUUUUAUUUGUAAAAUGUCUCACAGAUGGUUGCUGUGCUCAACUAACAUCCCAUUUCUGUUUGAACACUAGUGAUGGAUUUGCACUGCCAUCAGUCAUAAAAAUAGGUAUAGCUAUGAAAAAAAGAGAAAGCAUCUAAUUGCAUAUCAUGUGAUUCACUGCAAUCUGCAGAAUGGUUGUUUGAUUUUAUACAACUUAACAGAAAUCUGUUUCUCUUUUAUAACAGUAAACCUUGGUGGAGGGUUCAAGGUGGAUUAAUAAAGGCAGGAAAAUCUCAUUCUUGUAACUACUCCUUGUUUAUUCCCUUUCUGUUUACAGUGUGAUGCAUUCAUGAAAUGCAUUAUUGGAUUGGAAUCAUCCCAUAUCCCAUCAGGGAGUCUGUUAUGCUCCUUGGGAAUUACAGUGGUGACAAAACACCUUGUGUAGAACAGAGAAAGUAUGUACAAAUAUUGUUAGUGGGUCCUGAUAGAUUUGGCAAUGACAUUUUAGAUCAUUGUAACCGGAUUGUUUUUGUUAGGAAGAAUCAUCUUUAGUUUACAGUAUGAUAUGGCCCGGCUUAUAGUCAUAUUGCCCACUCUCCACUAUACUGAACUCUAACCUAAGUCUUAAAGUUCAGUCAUAUCUAGUUGUGGAAGUGCCUUGGUUCAAUCUUGAAACCACUGAAGCAAUCCUCACACUCCUGUCUGAAUGGAGUAUGGUAACACUACCACCUCCCCUUGACAAAUAUUUUUAAGUAGUUCUUUAACACGAACACCCAAGUGUUGCAGUGAAGCAGGUUACUGGCCAAGCAUGAAAGACUGGUUGCACUGGGCAGCUUCCCGGUGUGAUUCCAGGGAAUCCAUUAAUGUGAAACGGAGCUGUGGGAAAUACUGUGUUGCAAGCCAGCUCCCAGGAAAAUAAGAUUAUGAAGAUAAACUAAUUUAAAAAGGAAAAAAAAGCUCAAUAGCAUUUUUCAACUAUGAACCUUGCUGUCUUGGUAUCAAUUUGUCAUUUUUCUUACCCGUCCCGUUGGCUUAACAAGCUCUGGUCCUAAGUUUCUCAACUGUCUGUUUGGACUCAGUACUAUCAUGAGGCUCAAUAAGUUGGGGCAUGGCACAAACUCUGCUAAAGUUAAGGAUUCCAUUCACAUGGAGUAUCCCAAUGCUCACAAUGUGUUCACUCCUAGGGACUAUAGACAAAAGUUUACAGCACAUAUGUAAGUGUUGAAGAAUGUCCAUGGAGGAAAAUGUUCAUGAAGAUGUGUACAGUUUCACAGGCCUUGUGUGAUUUUUAUUUAUUUUUUUAUCAGAAAGCAUUGCAUUGUCAACUUAAACUGUAUUUGCAGACUAUAUUUGUUAAAGAUUUGUACAAAGUAACAUCUUAAGCCCUACAUUUUACUAGGUUUCCCAUAUUUUUGCUGUACUGUUGCUCCACCUCAGAGAGGAAUUGUAGGGAGGAAGAGGAAAAGUUCAAAGGAGAUUCUUUACCCCCUUAAGAAAUCUGAGUGCAAGGUCAGCUAUAGACUAAAGGGCUGAAGGGAGUUAUGAUGUGUAUUAUCUCACUGUAAUUAAAGUUACACCUGUAACUACUCCCAAAGUUUUUCUUUUGGUACAGACAAAACUACGUUCCGACUGAUGUUUGACAAGUGUUUUAUUGUCUUCUUUCACAACUUCAAACACCGUGAAAAACUGAAAUGAAAUAAUUAAAUUUUA